AUGUCUACCCAAACACCAACAGAGCCAGCACCACAGGCAGCACCACAGGCAGCACCAGCAGCGCUCACACCAGCCGCCGCAAAGGUGGAAGCGGCGGCAGCAGCAUGGAAAGCGGCGGCAGAAGAAUGGAAUGCAGCCGCAAACGAGUGGCUAGCCGUGUCAGAGACCGGAGGAGCAACAGAAGCAGCAAAAGCUGCAAUAGAAACAAUGGAGGCAGCCACGAAAUCGAUAGCUGCGGCCAGAACAGCAGCUACAGCACUCGCCAAUUGCCCUGCCCCUGCUGCACCAGCGCGCCCGCGCCGCCACCGGCCCCAUCAGGUGGCCAAAAUGAGGGCCAGGAGGGCUGAAAGACGCCGCCUGGAGAGGGAGAUCAAGAAGGAGAAGGAGGAGGAGGAGGAGUAUUAG